UUUAGACCUAAUUAAAUAUAGAGUGUUAUAAUAUAAUGAGGUCAUAUAAGAGUAUUCUUGUUUGCUUUUAUGAGUCCGGAAAAACAAGAACAUAUAGGCUUCGCCCAGCAAAGUUUCCACCUUUUCCGUCAAACCAAGCUUCAGAACACUGUCCUCUCAGCCGAAGAGUCACCCUUGCCCGUGGUCUUGGUUUAUAGUAGGCUCAUCACGUUUGCUCCAUCCCUACACACGGAUUAGCCAGCCCUCACUUUUCUAAAUUCAAAGGUCCUUUGCUCAUUCAUUUGUUGUAGUGUCUAUUUAAGCCGACUUAAGUUCCGAGCGCUGGAGUUGUGUAACCUCGAAGAUGCUGCAGAGCAAAUCAUUCGUACGGAAAACAAAGCAGGGGAAAGUAAUCAAGGUUGUAAGAGAGCACUAUCUCAGGGAUGAUAUCUACUGUGGAGCCUCGUUUUGUAAGACCUGUGAUGUUUCUUCUGCUCGCUUGAGCUCCUCCGCGUCCCCGAUCCUCGUUGUCGACACUAAUGUUGUUCUCCACCAGAUUGAUUUGUUGGAGAACCCGUCCAUAGAUGAUGUUGUGGUGCUAUCAGUGGUGUUGGAGGAGGUGAAGAACAAGAAUAUUUCUGUCUAUAACAGACUCAGAGCUCUAUGUAGCGAUUCACUCAGAAAGUUCUUUGUUUUUUCAAAUGAAUACCAUAAGGAUACAUAUGUGAAAGCUAUGCCAGGUGAAAGUCCAAACGAUCGUAAUGACAGAGCUAUAAGAGUUGCAACUCAAUGGUAUCAGAAUCAUCUCGGAGCUCCAACACAUGUAUUGCUUAUUACUAAUGAUCGAGAAAAUAAGAGAAAGGCUUCUGAAGAAGGAAUUCCUGCAGAAACUGUGGAAUCAUACGUUAAAUCACUUGGUCGACCAGAGUUGCUUGAUUUAAUAGUUCAACCUCCUUCUGAAGAUGUCAAUAUGGAUGAUGUUGAAGACUUGAGGCCUUCAAAGAGGAAGGUCAUCUACAGUGAGCAUAAACCCAUGUCUGAGAUUACUUCUGGAUUGCUUCGUGGGAUAUAUCACCAAGGAAAGCUUCGUGUUAACCGCUAUAAUCCAUUUGAAGCAUAUGUUGGGAGUGAAAGUAUUGGUGAUGAGAUAAUUUUAUAUGGGCGUGCAAAUAUGAAUAGGGCAUUUGAUGGUGAUGUGGUGGCAGUUGAAAUAUUGCCUCGGGAACAAUGGCACGAGGAGAAGUCUCUUGCAAUAGCCGAUGAUGAGCAUGAAGAAGAGGAGGGCAUACAUCUUGUUCCCAAUAGUGCUGAUGACGCUCCUAGGGUCACUAAUCUUGGGCAAAAUUCAGCCAGUGAAGCGGAUAACUCACUUUCACGUCCAUCUGGACGUGUUGUUGGUAUUAUAAAGCGAAAUUGGCACUCUUACUGUGGAUCUUUGGAGCCAAUGCCUCUGCCAGCUGGUGCUACCGGUGUUGCCCAUGCCCUGUUUGUCUCAAAAGACCGCCGUAUACCAAAGAUACGAAUACAGACUCGACAGCUGGGAAAUCUGCUGGACAAGCGGAUCAUUGUUGCUGUUGAUUCAUGGGAUGUUUUGUCUAGAUAUCCUUCUGGUCAUUAUGUUAGGUCAAUUGGAGAAAUAGGUGAUAGAGACACAGAAAGUGAGGUGGUUUUAAUUGAGAAUGAUAUUGAUGCCAGACCAUUUUCUGCUCAAGUUAUGGCGUGCUUGCCUCCGUUACCUUGGUCUGUGUCAUCGAAUGAUCUAGCUAAUCCUAUUAGACAGGAUUUGCGUCAUCUGCGUGUCUUUAGUGUGGAUCCUCCAGGUUGCAAGGACAUUGAUGAUGCAUUACACUGCACUGCUCUUCCGAGUGGGAAUUUUGAAGUUGGAGUUCAUAUUGCUGAUGUCACCAACUUUGUUCAUCCUGGGACCCCCCUUGACGAUGAGGCCUCACAAAGGGGCACUUCUGUCUACCUUGUUGAGCGUCGCAUAGACAUGCUUCCAAAACCUCUAACAGAAGAUGUUUGUUCGCUCCGUGCUGAUGUUGAAAGACUUGCUUUUUCAGUAAUAUGGGAAAUGACACCUGAAGCUGAGAUAAUCUCAACAAGAUACACAAAAAGUGUAAUCAAAUCGUGUGCUUCACUAUCUUAUGUGGAGGCUCAAGCAAGGAUGGAUGACAGUCGCUUGGUUGAUCCAGUAACAACAGAUUUGCGUAAUAUGAAUGCAUUAGCAAAGAUAAUGAGGCAAAGACGUAUUGAGAGGGGUGCUCUGACACUUGCUUCUGCCGAAGUUAAAUUUCAAAUUGAUACUGAAACUCAUGAUCCUCUUGAUAUUGGAAUGUAUCAAAUCCGUGAAGCUAACCAAAUGGUUGAAGAGUUUAUGCUUGCUGCCAAUAUUUCAGUUGCUGAAAAGAUCCUGAACCAUUAUCCUAUCUGCUCUCUAUUAAGGCGUCAUCCUAGCCCAACCAAGGAGAUGCUUGAACCUCUUCUUCGAACUGCUGCAUCUGUUGGUAUUGAUUUGGAUGCAACUUCAUCAAAAGCAUUAGCUGAUUCUCUUGAUCGUGCUAUUGGUGCUGAUCCGUACUUCAACAAGCUCAUUCGGAUUUUAGCAACCAGAUGCAUGACUCAGGCAGUUUAUUUUUGUAGUGGUGAUCUUAGUCCACCCGAGUAUUGUCAUUAUGGUCUUGCAACCCCGCUGUAUACGCAUUUCACCUCACCAAUAAGAAGAUAUGCAGAUGUCAUUGUCCACCGAUUGCUUGCUGCAUCCAUGGGGAUUUGCAAACUUCCUGAGAUUUUUGACAACAAAGACAAGCUAACCAGUAUCGCUGAUAAUUUGAACUAUCGGCACAGGAAUGCCCAGAUGGCUAGCAGAGCAUCAGUCGAGCUCCAUACUGUUAUUUUCUUCAGAAAGAACCCCACAGACACGGAAGCUAAAAUUCUGAAAAUAAGAACCAACGGUUUUAUUGUUUUUGUUCCCAAGUAUGGGAUCGAAGGGCCUGUGUACUUGACAUCCAGAGGUGACAAGUCAGGAGACUGGUUGGCUGAUGAGAAUGAACAGAGGAUCAAGAAGUCAGAUGGCACUGCUUCUUACGGCAUUCUGCAAACUGUGAGAAUACACUUGGAGGUAGUAGAACCUCAGCCUAACCGCCCAGUCCUCCAGCUGACCCUGAUCUAAAAGGCAGGCACACAUGUAUUUGGGAUGACUGUGAGGAUACACUUGGAGGUAGUAGAACCAUAGCCUAACCGCCCUGUCCUCCAAUUGACCCUGAUCUAAAGGCAGGCACACGUGUAUUCGGGAUGACGACAACACAGAUGUUCGGAUGAAUCAGAGCGACAAAGUGUAUUGAACUUUUUGUUGAUUCAUGAUCGGGCACCAAAGUUUCAUUCUUCCGAAGGAUUUUCAGUUUAUUGAAGCACAAUAAAAUUUCAAUAUGCAUUUCUUUUUAUUGGUGAAUGACAUUUAAGAUUUUGGUUCAGAUGUCCGGCGUUAAUUAUAUUCCAUUAAAAUUUGGUUUGUUUCUGCUUUGCAACUUUAUUUGCAGAUGUGUAUUCGUUCUUGAAAUACUGCUGUGAACUCAUACAAAGACUCAAAAAGUACAUACAAUACCAAUGCUCAACGCUGAA